ACUCGCGGCGUUCCGCGCACCCUCGGCUACCUCCGGUAUCCCAGAAACGCAUCCGGCCCGCAUCCUCAGGCUUCGGGACACAGCGGAAUCCUCCCGGCCUCCCCGCCAGUUCGUGUACAUGGCGACCCCCACCCGGCCCCGAGUGCCCGUCCCCAAGGCCACUGUCUCUCGGACACUCCUGCUCUUCUGGGUCUUUCUCCAGGUGGCCGGAGCCACAGGUACUACAGAUGUAGUGGCAGCAUAUAAUUUAACUUGGAAAUCAACUAAUUUCAAGACAAUUUUGGAGUGGGAACCCAAACCCAUCAAUCAUGUCUACACUGUUCAGAUAAGUCACAGAUUAGGCAAUUGGAAAAAUAAAUGCUUCUACACAACAGAUACAGAGUGUGACCUCACUGAUGAGAUUGUGAAAGAUGUGACACAGACAUACAUGGCGAGGGUCCUUUCCUACCCUGCAAGUGCCACUGACUCUGCUGGGGAGUCUCCGUUUACAAACUCCCCCGAGUUCACACCUUAUGAGGAAACAAACCUUGGACAGCCAGCAAUUCAGAGUUUUAGACAGGUUGGGACAAAACUGAAUGUAAUUGUGCAGGAUGCACGCACCUUAGUCAGAAAGAACGGCACAUUCCUAAGCCUCCGGGAUGUUUUUGGCAAGAACCUAAGUUAUGCACUUUAUUAUUGGAAAGCUGCAAGUACAGGAAAGAAAACAGCCAAGACAAACACUAAUGAGUUUUCGAUUGAUGUGGAUAAAGGAGAAAACUACUGUUUUAAUGUUCAAGCAGUGAUUUCAUCACGAAGAAUUAACCAGAAAAGCACAGAAAGUCCCACUGCGUGCACUAGCCAGGAGAAGGACACAUUCACAGAUGUGUUCAUCAUUGGAGCGGUGGUGAUCGUGGCCAUCAUCUUCAUCAUUGUCCUGUCCGUGUCUCUGCGCAAGUGCAGGAAGGCGAGAGCAGACAAGAGCGGGAAGGAGAACUCCCCGCUCAACGCCGCGUGAGGAACGUGCCGCCAGAACUGCCCGCUGUAGCAGAGUUGACUUUGCACUGUGGCCAAGAACUUUUAAGAGGAUAGAAUAUAUGGAAAAACAAAUGAUUGUCUGGGAGCAUAGAGACCCUUGGGUUCAAAGAAAGCGCUUUAUCUGACCUGUUCUCACAGUUAGCAUUCUGGUGUCAACAUCAGCAUAGACACUUUGGAAUGUAAAGAAUGGUACAACCAAGUUUUUAAAUUUCUAUUUUAACACUAUGGCACCUUUUGCACAUAUUAUGCUUUAGACUAUAUAUUCUGUACCCAGGAUGAAACCAGAUCAUCUAAGCAGAAACUAA